AUGACUCUACAGCCGUUUACAAACGAACAGUUAAAUUACUUCAAGUUCGCUUCUGUCGUGAUUAAUGAAUUUCCAAAGAUAUUACGUCAAGCCUUCAAAACUAGGUGGGACAACACCUUUGGACAUCUUCCUGGUUUCCAGCCCUGGGAUGACUCCCUUGCCGUGCGGAAUCUGUUCCUUGCCACAGAGGGUGGAUCAACUAAAGUCCCUACUAAUCUUCCGUAUGAUGACUGGGAUUGUACUGCCUUGUUCCAAGCCACCAUCUUCGCAAAGUCCUUUUCUAUGCCAGACGGCAGAGGACAUCAGAGAACACUCAGCUACUUGUUCGUGAGACCCCAUGGACUCCCUCCCGGAGGUUUCCAUGCUUCUGUGAUCAGCUCAACUGGGAACGAUGCUGAGUCAUUUACUUUGGCGAUCGAUCAACUGCGACUUUUACGAAAUGCGUUCUGCCACGCACCAAGCUCCGAGAUCCCAAAAGCAACAUUCCACAUGUACAUCCAACUAACCAAAGACGCGUUCCAUGCCCUUGGUGUCUCUUACAUCUCUGUUAAUACAAUUGGAAGUUUAACUGAGGCAGAUUUCCCAAUAGAAAAAGUCCGCAAGCUCGAGGAUGAGAUCAGAAAAGAGGGUCAGGCUGAAAAUGCGUUCCUCAAAGACCAAGUAAAAAAUGAGCUGAUGGACAUGCGGUCUGAUAACGCAGAAGCAAGCCAGGAGCGGCGGGAUGAGGCACAACGGAUAGUGACAGAGAUGAAAGAAGGGUUCCGACAGGUGAAAAUGCAAAAUGAAGAACAGAAAGAACAAAUUUUGGAGUCAGUGGAAAGAGCUAUCAGGUCUCAUAAUGCGCAAUCGAAGCGAGCAAGAGAAGAAGAAACAGCACACGUAGCCAAAAAGAGGAAGGAGGACAUUCAACUGUUGAAGAACGAGUUUCAAAGGCACAAUGAGGAAAUGAGAAAGGAGGCUUUGGAGCUUAAAGAAACUAUCAGGUCUAAAAUCGAUCAAUCAAACCAGGCAAGAGAGAAAGAUGCAGCAUCAGCAGCUCAAGAAAGAAAAGAAGAGAUUCAGGAGUUGAGGAAACAGUUGGAGUUGGCAACAUCAUCUGUACCCCAACAAGAAAUGGGUCAGAAACUUGCUGAAUUGAACCAAAAGAUUGAUGACAUCAUCAUAAAGACCACGAAACAAGAGUUUAAGCCCACUCUACCAAAAUCAAAUCUUCCCUCAAUGGUUCCUCACUUCACUGGGCGCGAGAAGGAAUGCAACGACGUCAUUGCUCACGUGACCAACGAAGCCACUCGCCUCGUUUCCAUAUGGGGCUCGCCAGGGUUCGGAAAAACGUCGACUGCAAUCGCCAUAGGACAUCGCCUCCAAGCGCAAGGCCUGCCGGUAUACUUUAUUUCGUUACGUGGCCUAAGGUUAAAGAGUGAUCUAACGUCGAGAUUUCUUGGACUGUUUACGCAUUCUGCGACAGCAUCCCAGCGUUUGACAGCAGAUGACGAACUUUGCUCAAUUUUGGCUCAAAUUGCAAAUCCCUUCGUUUUCAUCCUUGAUAAUGCCGAUGAUCUUUUUGAAAGUGGCCUUCCGAACGUCAAAGAGGAAGUUGUUGAUUUAAUUGGAGAAAUUCUCAAUUGCAGCCAUAAGGUAACGUUUCUUCUCACCACAAGAGAAUCUUGUCAAUUCUUAGAUCUGCGCUUCAAAGGACACUAUGCUUUAAGAAUUAGAGAGCUGGAUGAGCAAUCCUCUUCAAAACUUGUUCAAGAACUGCUUCCAGAAGCGAGUAAGUCUGAUUGUAUAAAAGUUAGGCAGAUUUGCGGGAGUGUACCAUUGGCCAUGAAGUUGUUGUGUUCCUCCAUUUCGGGGGAUACUACCGGAACAUCAAGCCGGUCGGUUGACAUGUUCUUGAAUACCACAAAUAACAUUCUGGAAAUGUUGGGCAACCCAGACUAUCCCAGCAGUUAUCGGUCAAAGGAUCUUUUUGAAGCCUCUUUUCAGAGACUUUCAGUAAAGGAAAGAGAAGCACUGGUCUCACUUUGCAUUCUUCCCAACCACUUUGACCUACAUGUCGCAUCAGCUGUGUUAGGAAUGAAAACAAUUCAAGCUGCUAGAAUGCUGGAGAAACUCAAGCGAAAAUCCCUCAUUGAUUCUAGUUCCAAAGCCAAGAAAUAUUCCAUCCAGAAGCUGUUAUUGUCAUUUAUACAGGAAAAAGGGGAAAACGAAAUGAAAGAAAUGGUUCUCAACGCUAAAGUGCGUUUUUUUGAACUGUAUAUUUCCCUCUUCGAGACGCUGACAGAAAAGUUUCUCACAGGACGUUCCUUGUUGGCUUUCCUUGAGUUUUUUCAGAAUGAGGAAAGUUUCGUUCAAAGUCUAAUUGAUGGUUGUCUGGAGGAAAGAACGGUCAGUAACGUUUGCAAUGUUUUGAUUAAAGCUGAAAUGUAUCUCUGCUUUCUUUACUGGCGAGAUGACGGUAUGUUUGACAUCAUUUACGAAACAGCAAUAAAGGCAGCCAGUGAUCACAAUUGGCUUAACUCUGUCCACCAACGACUGCUUUUGUCGAAAACGCACGGUAGCUUGGCUAUGGGUGCAACUGCAGAGACGGAGAGGCUGCUGUCGGUGAACAAGCAAGUUCAGUUGUCUGCUACCAUCCAAGACACAGAAUUUGAAGGAGAACUCUUGGCUUAUCGAGGAUUGUACAAACUUGUUAUCGGGAGAGCUGAAGAAGGAGUGACACAUUUAGAAGAAGCACUUUCGUCAAUGGAGACCACUCCAAAGCACAGAAUCCUAAAGCUCAUUAUUCUUCAAGUUCUUGCCCUUUAUCAUUGUUUCAAAAGUAACCAGUUAAAGUCACGUGACUUUUACAAAAGAGCAGUAGAUGGAUGUAAAGAAGUGGGAGACACAGGCUUAGUAGUAAUUCCGGAGAUCGAUGAAACCAGUAGAGGUGAAGUCAGGAUACAUUUAAACGAAACCAGACUGACCCAUAACCAGCCACUUCAAACCGAAGUUCUCAUUCUCGUGAGUCAAGCAAUAAAGAACAUCUCCACUGAUAAAACCAACCAAUUCUUUUGUAAUUUAAUGCAGCAAAUACUGACGGAAUCUGACUCUGCCAUACCAACUGGUGCAGCUGGUCGGUUCAAUUUUCAUUUCUCUGGGGCAAGACUGCUCAACAAAUUAAAAGAGGACAAGGACCGUGUAAUUCAUAUGGAAAAUAUAGUGAAUUUCCAUCCCAAAAGGAUCCUAAAAGGAAUUGAAAAAAGCAUCUGUGCAACUUCCUCAAAAAACAGCGAACGCAUUAAAGCCAACCAUGUAGAAGCCUUAGAAUCAGAAAAGCGUGCACUGAAUAUCAGGUUAAAAGUCCUGGGUGAACAACAUUCACAAACCGCUCACAGCUAUCAUUCAUUAGGAGUUACUCAACAUUCACUUGGAGACUUUGUGUCAGCCCUUGAGUCAGACAAGCGUGCACUGGAUAUCAGGUUAAAAGUCCUGGGUAAAGAACAUUCAGAAACCGCUGACAGCUAUCAUUCAUUAGGAGUUACUCAACAUUCACUUGGAGACUUUGUGUCAGCCCUUGAGUCAAACAAGCGUGCGCUGAAUAUCAGGUUAACAGGCCUGGGUGAAGAACAUUCACAAACCGCUGACAGCUAUCGUUCAUUAGGAGCUACUCAACAUUUACUUGGAGACUUUGAGUCAGCCCUUGAGUCAAACAAGCGUGCACUGAAUAUCAGGUUAAAAGUCCUGGGUGAAGAACAUUCAGAAACCGCUGACAGCUAUCAUUCAUUAGGAGUUACUCAACAUUCACUUGGAGACUUUGUGUCAGCCCUUGAGUCAAACAAGCGUGCACUGAAUAUCAGGUUAAAAGUCCUGGGUGAAGAACAUUCACAAACCGCUGACAGCUAUCAUUCAUUAGGAGUUACUCAACAUUCACUUGGAGACUUUGUGUCAGCCCUUGAGUCAGACAAGCGUGCACUGAAUAUCAGGUUAAAAGUUCUGGGUGAAGAACAUUCACAAACUGCUGACAGCUAUGAUUCAUUGGGAGUUACUCAACAUUCAGUUGGAGACUUUGAGUCAGCCCUUAAGUCAAACAAGCGUGCACUGGACAUCAGGUCAAAAGUUCUAGGUGAAGAACAUUCACAAACCGCUGACAGCUAUUAUUCAUUAGGAGUUAGUCAAAAUUCACUUGGAGACUUUGUGUCAGCCCUUGAGUCAAACAAGCGUGCACUGGAUAUCAGGUCAAAAGUUCUGGGUGAAGAACAUUCACAAACCGCUCACAGCUAUCAUUCAUUAGGAGUUACUCAACAUUCACUUGGAGACUUUGUGUCAGCCCUUGAGUCAAAGAGGCGUGCACUGGAUAUCAGGUUAAACGUUCUGGGUCAAGAACAUUCACAAACCGCUGACAGCUAUCAUUCAUUAGGAGUUACUCAACAUUCACUUGGAGACUUUGUGUCAGCCCUUGAGUCACACAAGUGUGCACUGGGGAUCAGGAUGAAGGUGCAUGGUGAAGAGGAUCCACGAACUGUUAACAGCUUGGUUACGGUGAAGGACUUAAAAAAGUUCUUGUGA